UUUCAUUAGCGCGUGUUUAGUUAUAAGUGAUAUUAUAGGUUCUCAUGGUGGCUGGCUGCUCCCAUGUCAACCGGAAGUCAACAAACGUAAACCCUACUGAAAUAGAAGACAUGACGAUCACUUGUAUGCCGAUAAACAGGAUCAGGAAGCUGGCAGCAGACAGAAAUACAGACCACACUAUGGGCAAUACUCAUAAACAGCAAGAUGAAAACAUGCACCAGGCUCACCACCAGCUGCAAAUUACAGGGAAGCCAAAGAACCUCCAAAAGAAGAGAAAGGCGAAACAGUGCAAGAAAACACCAAAGUGCACGAAAAUACCAAGGCCGCCUAACGCCUUCGUGAUCUUCUCGAGUGAAUGGAGGAAAAAUCUGGCUGCCCUGUACCCUGCAGACAGCAAUAAUCAGAUCAGCGUGAGACUUGGCUACAUGUGGAGGGCCAUUGAUGUAGAGCACAAGGAAGAGUAUUUUGCACGAGCCCGCCAGGCGGACGCGGAACAUAAGAAGAAAUAUCCCGAUUAUGUCUACAACCCAAACGAAGUCCGCAAACAAAAGAGCCUCCGGGAGCAGGCCCGUGGUAAGAAAUUGAGACGCCCUAGACGCCAGUCGGGGAAGCGACACCUCGCCAUGGCGCAGAACAGCAGCGCCCUUCGCCUCCCUGCCCAGGAACAUCAAUGGGGAGGAUUCCCAGCCACAGAAGGAAGAAGUCAUCCCAAAAAAUGCAGAAUGAGUUUCAAGCCUAUUCCUGACCCAACAAUAAAUCCCAGUAAAAUAACUGACCUGGACAUUCAAGCCAUUCUAAAAGACCUUACUUCGUCUCCUGAAGGUUGCUCGCCUAGCAACUGUCUUGGAUUGUCCUUCCUGAGUACUGAAAACUACCUGAAAGAAACAGAGAUUGAGCCCACCAUCCGGCUACUGUAA